CAUCAAAUAUUUUUUAUGACACCAUCAAAUACGUCAUCAAGUAUAAUAUCCACAGGGCACGAAGGGGUUCGUGACCUCAUCAAGUUUGACGUCACUGACGGUUUCAACCCUCUCAUCGACCGCUACUUUUACGUCAACGUCGCUUUUAUGGACAUGUUGUUUCCUGACGUCAUAAAUAAGGGGGUGACGUUGAAAGAAGGGGGAAGAGUUACAUUAACUACAGAUAUUCUCAGCACUGCUGAUUUAAACAGCGCCGAUGAAAACCUUGCGUUCAGCAUAGCUCAAGAACCGUCACGUGGUCAUUUAGAAUCCAGUGAUCGACCCGGUGUUCCGAUCACUGCGUUUACACAGCUUGACUUAGCAGGUAACAAGGUCCAAUACGUCCACACCGGUGACGACGAAGUAAAGAUGGACAGCUUCGAGUUCGAGGUAACCGACGGUUUCAAUCCGGUCUACAGAACCUUCAGGGUGUCCAUAGCCGACGUCGACAACAAGAAACCGAUCGUUACGAUUGUCGGCAUCCGUGUUAAAGAGGGGUCGACCAAACUUAUCACCCCUUUUGAACUGAAAGUCGAGGAUUACGACACAGUAGAUGCAUUGUUACGUGUUCACAUCACCCAAGCUCCCGUCCAUGGGCGGAUAUUGUUAAACGAAGUCACAGAAGUUCGGGAGUUUACCAUGGACGACUUGAACGAAAACCGAGUGUCGUAUUCUCAUGACGGAUCGGAAACUGUGGCCGAUUCAUUCUCGUUUACUGUAACUGAUGGAACGCAUGAGGAUUUUUACGUCUUCCCCUCAACCGUGGAUAGCACAGACCAACCACAGCGAAUGGAUAUUGAGAUCGUUCCUGUGGACAACGGGGUACCUCAGAUGUUGGUGAAUAGAGGAGCGCCAACUGUGCGGGAACUGCCAAGCGGCGAUCGUGGAUUCAGAAUCACCAAAAAGUCGCUCAGCGCUGACGACAGAGAUUCUGACGUCAGUUUACUUACAUACGUCAUCACGAAACCACUGGAGCAUGGAAAUAUCGUCAACGUUUUAAACGAGACGGGUCCCAUCGAAACAUUCACUCAAGGAGACAUUGACGCGAUGGCUAUUUAUUACAUCUUGGAUUCCGACACGAACGCUACGAGCGAUUCAUUCACUUUCAAAGUUCAAGAUCAAGGUGGAAACGAACUCACGAACCAGAAGUUCCGUUUCAACUGGGCAUUCAUCUCGCUCGAGAGCACCACCUACCGGAUCGGUGAAACGGACAAAGAGCUUGUGGUGGAGUUGGUUAGAAGGGGUUAUCUCGGUGAAACGGCGUUCGUAGGUAUUGGGACUCGGGAUGGUAGCGCGAAAUCUUCCGAAGAUUUCCGAGUUCGCUCGGCAAGUCAAGUCCAGUUUAACCCGGGUCAAACCAGGGCGACAUGGAAAGUUCAAAUAUUACAGGACGAGAAAUACGAAGAAUCUGAACACUUCUACAUCGAACUGAGUGAACCAGUGAUGGCGAUCCUGGAACACCCGAGCAACGUCACAAUCACCAUCACCGAUGCAGAAGACGAGUCGACCGUCUUCAUCCCCCUUGCAAAAUACGUGGUAGCGGAAGACAGCGGUGAACUUAUGAUCCCUGUGCGUAGGUCUGGUGACGUCACUAAUGAACUAAUGGUCAUUUGUUAUACAGAACCAGACACGGCCACAGGAACCAUCCCAACCAAAGUUCUCUCUUAUUCCGAUUACAUUAGUCGAUCCGAAGACCACAACAGUCUUAUCACAUUUGAACGCGGGGAAACGGAGAAGUUUUGCCGCAUCGUUAUAAUAGACGAUUCGCUUUACGAGGAGGAUGAAGCUUUCAGUGUAAAACUUGUGUCGCCAAUGGGGGGAAGGCUGGGCAACUUCUCUACAUCUGAGAUUGUUAUAUCUGCUGAUGAGAAUGACGAGCCGUUGUUCUACUUCGAUAGCGCCACCUAUACAGUGGAUGAAGGUGCUGGUCACGUGGACGUGCGUGUGUGGCGAACCGGAACCGAUUUGUCGCAAACUGCCUCCAUUACUGUUCAAUCAAAAAAGAGCAACCCGGAGUCAGCCAGAGCGAACGAGGAUUACGUUGGGAUCAGCCAAACUCUUGAAUUUGCACCCGGUAUCACCAUGCAGACUGUGAGUGUGGUGAUACUUGAUGAUCUUGGUAACCCAGUAUUGGAAGGCGAAGAAACAUUCGAUCUCGUUCUUCGGAUGCCAAUGGGAGCAAUCCUUGGUGAUCCUCAAGUCACCCAAGUCACCAUCAACGACACCGAGUCCGAUCUUCCAAUUAUGGAGUUCGCUGAGGCAACUUAUGAAGUGAAUGAAAUCGAUGGAUCCUUGUCAGCUGUCAUCCUGCGCUCUGGCGACCUCUCGCAGUCAUCCAGUGUUAGAUGUUACACCCGCCAGGCGACAGCAGAGGUCAUGAUGGAUUACGCUGAGCGGCCGAACACUGACGCGUCUAUUGUUCGUUUCGAACCAGGGCAAACCGAGGCCCGAUGUGCUGUAGUAAUAGAAGACGACGCGAUCCACGAGGAACCAGAACAAUUCCGUCUUGUGCUUGGCUCCCCCAUCAGCGAUAUUGCCGGUGAAGCCAGGGUUGGAGACAAAAGCGAAACUUUGAUCAAAAUCAACGACGACGCGGAUCGGUCCAUCAUCGAGUUCCCGACCACGACAUUCGAGGUGACUGAACCCGCAACUGAGGACAACGUAACAAUAAUACGUAUUCCUGUCAUACGGAAAGGCGACACGACAAAAACAUCGUCCGUCAGAUUCUUCACAAAGGAUGGUAACGCGCGGUCAAGUGAAGACUACAAUCCUGUCAGCAAAGAGCUUCUGUUCGAACCUGGUGUCGACGAACACGUGGUGGAGAUAGAGAUCCUUUACGACGACGAGAAAGAAAUUCGUGAAUCUUUCACCGUGAGGAUCGAUCCCGAUGUAAACAUGGAAGCUCAACUUGGGAACCACAAAGCCAUCAUAUACAUCAACCAACAACGUAUACUUGCUGACGUAACUUUCCCUUCCGUACCUUCGGUUAUUUCACUUCUUGACUACGAUGACAUGGCCGGUGCGACAGGACAACCUUCACCGGGAUACCCAGUCAUUUGUGUCUCGCCAUGCAACCCGAAACACAGCAAUUACAGAGAAGUCUCUUCCAUUUGUGACAGUGAAGGAUUGGACGAUUCGGCAACAAAAUUCAGGUGGCUUGUGGCUGCUCCUAGUGGCGAUGAUGGCGUCACUCAACCCCUCCGCGAGGUGGCGCAAAGGACCUUUUUUACCGACGUCAAUAGAAUUACGUUGGAUAGCAUUUACUUCAAACCAGGGAGUCGAAUCUCAUGCGUGGCUCGCGCAGUUACGAUAGAAGGAGACGUUGGUCUUGAAUCUACGUCACAACCUAUUACAGUGAGUGACGACAGCGAAGUAUGUCCGCCACGUUUCCCCAACUCUGUUGGAGCGGAACCUUUCUCUGCAAAGAUCCGAUACACUGGCCCUACUGACCCAACCCACCCCAACCUUAUCAAAGUAACUGUGACAAUGCCGCACCGAGACGGAAUGUUACCAGCCAUCAGCACGCGACAACUCACCAACUUUGAGUUCACGUUAAGUCAAGAUGGUACAAGGGUGGGGAACCAUAGGUGUUCCAACAUAAUCAACUACAACGAGAUAGCCACACAGUAUGGUUUCCUCAGUGAAGCAACCCGUAACCCCAACGUUAUUGGAGAGACUUACCCCUACCAAUAUAAUACAGAGUUACGAGGGAAUAACACACUGAGGUUUUAUAGAAACCUGAACCUUGAGGCUUGCUUAUGGGAGUUCACCACCUACUAUGAUAUGUCAGAGCUUCUCAGCGAGUGUGGGGGAAAUAUUGGGACAGACGGACAGGUGUUAGAUCUGGUCCAAUCCUACGUUUCCCUCCGUGUUCCUCUCUUCGUAUCGUACGUCUACCAUUCCCCCAUCGAUACUGCAUGGUUGCAUUCCGAUCAACAAACCGAACUCCGUCUCACGUUUGUUUAUGACACUGCCAUCUUGUGGGAGAAGGGAAUUGGGACUCCCCCUGAAGCGGAACUACAAGGAUACCUUUACCCCACAAGCAUGAGGAUUCGUGACGAUGGUCGCUUGGUUGUCAACUUCCGCACGGAGGCGAGAUUCCGAGGUCAGUUCGUUGCCAGCCACCCCAGCUCGGACAAUGUUGCCAUGGUAAUGAGUGCGUCACAUCCGGAGUUACAGAUGACCUUGAAUAACCUCCGGAAUGAAGCGACAUAUAAUAACCCCGAGCAGAAAUGGUCGUUCGUGUCAGAUUAUGCAGUUCGUGAUUAUUCUGGCACGUACACGAUCAAGUUGAUUCCGUGCACAACAACGGCUGAUCAAUCAUAUGACGUUCCUAUCGUGUGCAAUCCACGUGAACCGUUGUCGUUCGAGAUGGACAUCAGGUUCCAACAGGUGAGUUACCCCGUGGCCGCCGAGUUCAGUCUUAACACCGACUUCUUCCUCCUGAGCAAGAAAUCACUUUAUUUGAGCGAUGGCUCGAUGGGGUUUGCCGAAGACAGCGACGUCGCUUUUGUUGAAGGAGCUGAAAUCUACGGACGUGUGUUGGUGGACCCGGUUCAAAACCUCGGUGAUUCCUUCGACGCUCAUAUUGAGAAGGUUUUCAUCUGCAGUGGGAGAGACGGUUACGUUCCCAAAUACAAUCCUACGAAUGGUGAAUACGGGUGCCUUGCAGAUGCGCCGAACCUCAGGAAUAGAUUCAAAGUCCUGGACAAGGAACAGCCCGACACGCAAGACACCGAAGCCAACAAUGUUCCUUUCAACGCCAAACUCGCCAUCGACGACAACGAAGCUUUGCAGAUAGUCAGGCAAGCUGGCACCGAUGGUUUUCGAAUGGAUUCCGCUCCAUUGUUUUCGGUUACAGUUGGUCGGGAAUGGUACAUGCAUACUAUAUACACAGUGAAGGGAACGGAUAAUCGAAAGAAGCGAUCCAACAUUCAUACUUAUCAUUCACUCGUCCGUUCAUCACAUAGCAGGCAACGAAGAGCUGCUGCGGAGAUUGCCGACACCAUCGGGGAAGAGAAAGACAGAGGAACCCAGAUGAUGCACGUUAAACUAGAUCGAGCAAGUCCGCCAGUACUUAGGGAUAACUCACGGAGACCGUCUGGGGUGACAACAACAGAUAGCAAAGCUGGUGGCUUCCCAUUGCUGGCUGUGAUUAUAGGGGGAGUCUCGCUUCUCGUUGUUGUUGUGAUGGUGGUCGGGGUUGUUUUGUAUAAACGGCGGGGACCAAGUGAAGCAACUCCCGCCGCCGCUGCCGCAAAGACUCGUUACACUGGAGGUAAACAUAUAGUGACGAAAAAGAGUGGAUCCGGUACGAAAUCAGCGGUGGUGGCCGGAGCAACAAGCAGUAGCGGUUACAGUAGCUCCGACGGCUCCGAAGUUUGAUUUCCAAUGAACUAGAAUAGGAAAUGACAGAAGUUUCAACCUGCCUUUCAAUUCGCCUAAAAAUCUGUAAAAAUCUAAGCUUCAAAAGCCGCGUGUUUCAUACAAAACUUGACCGCUAUCUACCUGCGAGCAUGUUGCUAUUUAUUGACGAAGACAGAGAAUCCGAAGUAUUAUAAAGUUUUGUAUUUUUGACGAGACUGCACCGUUAUGUACCAAGUACAACGGGCGGCCUUAUAGAAUUUGUAAAUCGCUGCUUUGAACCCACAGCGAUGAAUACGUCAGCAUAAAGUGAACAUUUUUUAUGGCCCUGUGAUUUUGCAACUCGUUGUCAACUGAAUUAUUGUUAGUGGUAAAUUAUUGAGUGUCGACCCUGGAGGUCGAGUUCGCUGUUCGCUUCGAAAUGCCGUGCAAGCCGAAGGUACGCGGUGAGAUCGCCCCUUAUUAACCCAAAGGUUCGAUAAAUGACCCGUAAACUUUAUUGCACUAAUGUACAGUCGUAUUUUCUCAUGUAGAAAUGUCCGCGACUUUAGUUUCUUUACAGCACUGUCGUGUUCCACUGACGAUGCUGUUUAACACUUGUAGAGAUACUCAAAGAUACUACCCCCCCCCCCCCCCCCUCCCCUUUAAAUGAUCUAACAAGAAAAGUGUACGUCGGCCUGUAUUUUACCUGUUUCUGCGCCCACUGGGUCUGUUUUUUAGUAUUAUUCUACUGUUUGUGCAAAACGCUUGCUGCACAGUCACAAAACUUUGCGUUUUUUACUUCUAUUAAAUUUAAAACCGUGCUUCAACAUACUAACUGCUAACGUUGCCAGCGUAUUAACAACCUUCGCUUAACUUCCGUAUUUAAAGCUUCACUCAAACUUGUAUGAAACAAUCUCUUUUUUAAACCUCCGAAUUUUUGUUCAAAAACAUCUAACUUAGUUAAAACUUAGACGUGACUAAACUUUCCUAUUAACUUUGGGAUGACAUUAUAAUUGAUAUUGAGCAAACAAUAAAUCGAUCACAGUACUGUUA